GUGAGUCAGAGAUCGACAAUGAGAGUCGUUAUCCAGAAAGUGAAAAGUGCUUCUGUAACAGUAGAAGAGAAGGUUAUAUCAUCAAUCGGCAAGGGACUAAUGCUACUUGUGGGUGUUUCCACCCAUGACACCAUGGACGACGUGGCCAAGCUCUCCAAGAAACUCCUUUCACUUCGAGUAUUCGAAGAUUUAUCGCAACCACCAGAAACUGCUACGAAGUGGUAUGGGAAACCCUGGGCAAAAAAUGUCGUUGACAUUGAAGGUGAAAUUCUCUCGGUGAGUCAAUUCACAUUAUAUGGAACCAUCAAGAAGGGAACCAAACCUGACUUCCACAAGGCUGCCAAGGGCCACCACGCGAUUGAAUUGUAUGAAUCGUUCUUGGACCAGUUGAGACAAGGGUUGGGUCAAGACAAAGUUAAAGAUGGUGAAUUUGGGGCUAUGAUGGAUGUAGCCUUAGUUAAUGACGGUCCAGUGACUAUAAUUUGGGACACCAAAGAUAUGUCCAUAUAGAUUAAAAUAAUUUAGAAUAGAUUAGACAGUACAUGUGCAUAAUAUCGUUGAUCAGAUGACAUAUUUUCAAAAGAGGAAAAUUUACAAGAGGAGAUUAAGCAUGUAAAAGUUAGUACAUGAUAUAUCCUAUAUCAUAUAAAUCUAUAAUAAUUACCACCCAAACAAAUAAUCGUUGCAAAGAGCACUGCUCUUAUAUUCCCAUUAGCAAGGCCAUGACCAACGCAACCACUGUGACAAUCACAGCACUAUACUUUAUAUUUUCAAGAUCAAAUCUUUCUAUCGGAUCAAAUUGAAAGUCAUUAAACAAUCUUCCAUCACCUGAAUUUGCUGAGCUGCUAGUAAGGGUAAAUUCUAGGGCAUAGUUUACCAAAUCAUACCUUCGUACAAGGUAAAUAACAAUGGCAACAUACAAAAGUGAGUGCCACCUGAAUGAUGGUCUUCCCACAUGUGUAGGUUUAUCUGACAUUUCGGCUGUAGCUGUGGUAUAGCAUAACUAUGAACAGUUGUUUACUCAAUUUUUUUUCCGUCACUGUUUGGCCGGAGAAUGCGAUAAGAUGGCUACACACAAAGAAGGAAUGAAUAGCAAUUUACCACACCCCUGAAAACUCAUUAUUCUGAAACAUCAACACUAAUACUUUCCAUCGUCUUGACGCCGUAACUAGGAACCAUACGGAGAAAAACAACAUUGAUCCCAAGAACAAGCCCACAAUCAUUGUCGAAAUAGAUAGUCGGAUGAUACUAUAGACGAUAUCUAGGCCAGCCAACAAGAUCGAGAGAGUCACAAUCAUAUAAUUCACGACUAUCACAUCGGAGUAUUGGUUGUUCAUUAUUGACGGGGAGGUUACAUUAAAAUACUCGUCGAAUCCAUUUGUGAACGGUGGUUGAAACGAAUCAGGAUUUAUAAUUAGUAGUAACGGAAACCGCUCGAAGAUAUUGGCUACUAAAUCAUUUCGGAUAUUCCUUCCUAUUAUCUUGAAGAGAUUCCACCAGCUCAUUGAAAUAUUGUAUUGUAUCAGUUGAUUAGAGUGACUGAUUUUUUUUUUCUGUGACUUUGAUUUUAAUUAUUUUUUUUUGAACUACUUUAAGAUGCUGCAAAAUAUAUUUAUCCUUUAGAUGAGUAGCAUUAACAGUUGCUUAAGUAAACAUCAAUUAAGCUUCUAUUGAUUCUUUAAUAUACAAGUGCAUAAGCUUGUAGGUAUUUAGUCAUGAUGAAAUCGAGUUCCAGAGUAGACAGAUUAUUCAAAUUUAAUUCACGUGAAAUAACCAAAGUAGGGUCCAGGUAAGC